AUGCAGCCUUGCGACAUCGUCGAUUCCGGCGAAUGCACGCACUGCGGAAAGCAGAUGCAGCGCAUCAUCCUCCCCACCGCUGAGAAGCUGGAGCUGGCUAGCGAGAUCGAGCAGGUGAUUCAGCAGCGUUCGGGUUUUGAUCGAAUGAAACGCUCGAAAGAGGGAGACGGAGAGCGGAUGGAGAACUUCCGGCGCUUCAAAGCAUUUCUGGAGGCGAACGGACCGUUCGACAUCUUCAUCGACGGAGCGAACAUCGCGCACUACAAGCAGAACUUCGAGGGAGGCACGUUUAACUACCAGCAGAUCGACAUGAUCGCCUCGUAUCUCCAGCAGCAAGGCUACAAAGUGCUGAUCGUGCUGCACGAGCAUCAUUUCGACCAGCCCACCACCGAUCUCCCCGAGCGCUGGCUGGAGCAGAAGCUCGCGUACAAGGUGGUGAAGGGGAACAACGACGACUGGUACUGGAUGUACGCCGCGCUGUCUUCGCGAAAUGACGCGAUGAUCCUAUCGAACGACAAGAUGCGCGAUCAUUUCUUCCAGAUUCACAACGAUCUGCGCUUCCAGGCGUGGAGAGAGUACAGCCAGAUCUAUUAUGACAUCUGGACGGACAUCGAGAAGAAGAAAUUCGUGCUGACGUUCCCGAAGAAGUUCACGCAGUCCAUUCAGGAGAAUCUGGCGGGCUUCCAUAUUCCUUUUGGAAAGAUCGAGGAGAAUGUCAAGCAAGUGAAGCACUAUUUCUGCCUCCUGGACAGCCGAUUGACGGAGAACAAGCACAGCUGCUGCUCCAUCAUGUGA